AUGUCGUGUCUUAUCUUUAAUGGCUCAUAUGGGACAAUAAAAUCAAGAGCCAACGACAAAUAUAAGUGGCGUUGUCGUGAAAAAGGUUGCAAAUUAACUCGGUCAAUUCGUGAUGUCACAUUUUUCUCGGGAUCAAAAUUAGAAAUACAACAUGUGUUGGACUUAAUGUUUUAUUGGUCACAAGGCGUUGAUAUUCAUGACUUUCUUCGACGACAUUGCAAAUUUGCGAUUUUCGAAGAAUAUUUGUACCUUGAACAACUAACAGAUAUUCGACCAAAUUUAGUAGCAAUGGGUUAUCCAGCUGACAGCUAUGAAAGUGUUUAUCGUAACAAUAUUGGGGAUGUGAGCAGAUUUUUAUCAUCGAAACAUGGUGAUAAAUUUUAUAUUUAUAAUUUAUGUGUUGAAAAAGAACGUCAAUAUGAUAGUACACGAUUUAAUAAUCAAGUUUGUUCUGAUUUUACAUUUGAAGAUCAUAAUCCUCCAUCACUCAAAAUGAUACUAUCAUUUUGUCAACAUGCUGAAUCACAAUUAAAAGAUCAACAAGAUCGAACAUUAGUCAUUCAUUGUAAAGCUGGUAAAGGACGAACAGGCGUUAUGGCUUGUUGCUUUUUAUUAUACUAUUAUCGUCAAGAAUAUAAUGAUCCACUAGAUACAUUAAAAUACUAUGCACAACAGCGAACAUCAAAUGAAAAAGGUGUCACAAUUCCUAGUCAAAGACGAUAUGUUGAAUAUUUCGGGCAUCUAUUAAAUACACAAGCAUCAUAUUCAUCAAAGCAAAUAUGCUUUACCGGUUUGAUAAUAACCUACGAUUAUAAUCAAGUAUUACACACUAAUUUAUCUUAUACAGUGAAAUCAGCUGAUCACAAAAUUCAGUAUCAAUCAUUUGAUAUUCCCAUUGAACGUGAAUUAGCUAGUCGUCGUGAUACUGGCAGUUCACCGUACAAUGUAUGGGAUUUAAGUAAACGUUAUUUUAUACCACCAUCAAAUCAACAAUGUCGAAUACCUUUGGAAGAUGAUAUUCUAAUAGAAUUAUAUGCAAAAAACAAACGUGGAAAAGUGGAAAAAUUAUGUCAUUUUUGGUUUAAUACUUUCUUUCUUGUUGAUCCACAAAUGCAAAAAAUUUUAACAACAACUGAUAAAAAACCUCAAAGUAAUCUUGGUACUUUGAGUUCAUGUUUAAUCAAUGAUAUAGGACAUAAACAUGUUUAUACAUUAAUAAAAAAAGAUAUUGAUCGUUUACACAAAGAUAAAUGUCAUCGUGAGACUCCUGCAACAUUUUCGGUUUCUGUAUUAUUUGAUCUGAUUCCAACAUCGUCAUCUACCAGUCAAUCUACCACGGUAAUUCAUCAGGAUCUAUCCCCAUCAUUAUCGGACGAAAAACCGAGUACGAAUUUUAAACUAAUUGAAUCAAAUAAUGAAUCGUUAAUUAUUGGACCAUCAAAAUCGUUAGACACAUCAGAUAAAGAAAAAGAGAAACAACAGUCACCAACAACUAUGAAUGAUGUAAAUGUAGCUGAUAAGGAGGGGGUUAAAACCACUCUAAUACGUGCAAAAGAUGCCGAUUCACUAUCUGAAUCUGACGACGAUGAAAAUGAUAGUAAAAUACGUAUACCAGAGAAACUAUCAAAUACUCGAAAAUUUAAUUUAUAUAAGAAUGGUAUUUCAGAUUGGGAUUCAUCUGAUUCUGCAGAUGAGUUGUCUCCUCCGAUAAAUCAAGAUUUUAACGAUAAUCAUAAUAAAAGCUGA